AUUUUGUGAAGCGGCAGCGGAGGUGUUGGCUGCAGUGGGCUCCGGGAAAGCCGUUCGGGCUGGGGCUGUCGGCCGCAGGGCUGAGGCACUCGCGCGGGGGGUAACUCGGGUCUGGGUUCUGGUGCCGCGCAAGCUCUCCCCGUCUAAAAGUUGGUUUUAAUUGGUUGCCCACAGGAUUGACUUGGCCUCUACUUCUUAAGAAAAUACAUCUCUUGUUUUACAAGAUGGCCCAUUGUGUGACCUUGGUUCAGCUGUCCGUUUCCUGUGACCACCUCAUUGACAAGGACAUCGGCUCCAAGUCUGACCCACUCUGCGUCCUUUUACAGGAUGUGGGAGGUGCCUGGGCUGAGCUUUGUCGGACUGAACGUGUUCGCAACUGCUCGAGCCCUGCAUUCUCUAAGACUCUGCAGAUAGAAUACUACUUUGAGACUGUCCAGAAGUUACGCUUUGGAAUCUAUGACAUAGACAACAAGACACCUGAGCUGGGGGAUGAUGACUUUCUAGGGGGAGCUGAAUGCUCCCUAGGCCAGAUUGUGUCCAGCCAGACGCUGACUCUACCCUUGAUGUUGAAGCCUGGGAAACCUGCUGGACGGGGAACCAUUACAGUUUCAGCUCAGGAGUUAAAGGACAGCCGUGUAGUAACCAUGGAGGUGGAAGCUAGAAACCUAGAUAAGAAGGACUUUCUAGGAAAAUCUGAUCCAUUCUUGGAGUUCUUCCGGCAAGGUGAUGGGAAGUGGCACCUGGCAUAUAGAACUGAGGUAGUCAAGAACAACCUGAACCCUACGUGGAAACGCUUCUCAGUCUCUCUCCAGCAUUUCUGUGGCGGGGACCUCAACACACCCAUCCAGGUGCGCUGCUCAGACUAUGACAGUGAUGGGUCACAUGAUCUCAUCGGUACCUUUCACACUACCUUGGCCCAACUGCAAGCAGUCCCGGCUGAGUUUGAAUGUAUCCACCCUGAGAAGCAGCAGAGAAAGAAAAGCUACAAGAACUCUGGAACUGUCUGUGUCAAGACUUGCCGGGUAGAGACAGAGUAUUCCUUCCUGGACUAUGUGAUGGGAGGCUGCCAAAUUAACUUUACCGUGGGUGUGGACUUCACUGGCUCCAACGGUGACCCAUCCUCACCUGACUCCCUGCACUAUCUGAGCCCUACAGGAGUCAAUGAGUAUCUGACAGCCCUGUGGAGUGUGGGCAGCGUGGUUCAAGACUAUGACUCAGACAAGCUGUUUCCAGCAUUUGGAUUUGGAGCCCAAGUACCCCCUGAUUGGCAGGUCUCACAUGAGUUUGCCUUGAACUUCAACCCCAGUAACCCAUACUGUGCAGGCAUCCAGGGUAUCGUAGACGCCUACCGUCAAGCACUUCCCCAAGUUCGUCUCUAUGGCCCCACCAACUUUGCACCCAUCAUCAACCACGUGGCCAGGUUUGCAGCUCAGGCUGCACAACAGAGGACUGCCUCGCAAUACUUCGUACUGCUGCUCUUGACUGACGGCGCUGUGACCGAUGUGGAGGCCACGUGUAAGGCUGUGGUGGAAGCCUCAAAGCUGCCCAUGUCGGUGAUCAUCGUGGGUGUGGGUGGUGCUGACUUUGAGGUCAUGGAACAGCUGGAUGCUGAUGGCGGCCCACUUCGUACACGCUCUGGAGAAGCAGCUGCCCGAGACAUAGUGCAGUUUGUGCCUUAUCGACGAUUUCAGAAUGCUCCACGGGAGACACUUGCAAUGACUGUGCUUGCAGAAGUGCCCACUCAGAUGGUUUCCUACUUCAAAGCCCAAGGUUGGGCCCCAUUAAAGACACUCCCAGCCCCAGCCAAGGGCCCUGCACAGGCCCCACAGGUGUAGGUCCCCUUGGAAGAGCAGGCUACAAUCAAUCUUCAGCUUGCACCAUCCUCUGGGCGUGGACCAACCUGCACUCUUUCACUUGAUGACUUUAUAUGUGCUUCUGCUAUUGCUGCUCUUUGACCUGCCUGCCUGCCUGCCUGGCACCCUCACAUUCAGGAAAGACAGACUAGUAAUUGUAAAGAUCUAUUCAUUCCAGUCACAUACUUUGAAAAGACAGAGUUUGAAUAUAAAGCAAGCAUGUGGUUGUCCUUUUCUUGGGGCGAGCUGAGCUGGGACCGUGAAUGAGAUGGAAAGUGCUACCUCAUAGGAGAUAGCAAAGGUGAGGGGGAAAAAGAUGUUUUAGAGCAGGCUAAGGACUGCUCCUUAGACUUCCUAUGCUAGCUCUGUCCCUCUGUUUCUUGGGAACAUUUGUGUAGCCCAGGCUGGCCUGCAAUUUAGCAUCCUGCCACAACCUCUUAGACGCUAGAAUUGCAGGCAUGUACUAUCACGCCUGGUUUACAGUCCUGAUUUUUCAUUUGCUUUUUUUUUUUUUUCUUUUCUUUUUUUCGGAGCUGUUUCAUUUGCUUUUUGACAUAUGAUCUUAUAUGUUCCAGGCUGGCCCUACAUUGUGUAGCCAAGGAUAACCUGAAUUCUUGCUCUUCCUACUCCAGCUUCCCAAGUGCUAGCAUUAUAACCAGGCCUCAAGCGUGCUUCACUUUUAACAGCUCAACAAUUUAAUAGCUUUUUUAUAUUAAAGAUUUAAUAAGCAUAUUCAUUUUGGGAAAACUUUAUAGGACACAUCCUAACCCACUUUAGAGUCUUUGGACUCAAGGUCCUGGAGUAGCUGGACUACAAUUCCCUCAGUGCCUGGAUGAGAAAACAGGUGUUGUUUGCAGGGUUAUGGGAGGGAGGCUCCUAAAUGUAGAAUUAAAAUUUCCCAUAACCUGUGGCUCGGUCAUGGUAAGGGGACCACAUUGUGAAUCACAGAUCCCAGGAGACAGGUGUUUUAAAUUUUGUUUGCUAAUCUAAUGAAACAUUGUUUCAGAUAUCAGUAUUAUAUAAAAAUAGGAAAUGGGAACAAAGAUUGGUGGCUCAUGGUUGUAAUCCCAACACUCAGAAGUCUGAGGCAGGAGCAUUGCUGUCUGUGUGAUGUGGACUUAAGGUACACUGAGUUUCAGAUCAGAUAGAACAACUUUAAAAAGCUAGCACAUGUGCUGUUUGUAUCUGGUUUGCAUUUAUUUUGGAUGCCUUCUCCACCAGAACUUAGUCUCCUCUCCUUUUCAUGGCUGUUAUUCUUUUGUAAGAAUAUACCAGAGUUUAGCAAUUCCCUUCCUUACAGAGACUCGUUUUAUUGUGCUUACACACCCUUUUGAGAAAUUGGUUUUUAAUGUGGAAACGGUAGACCGCAGGGGAUAUUUAGAAUGUUAGCAGUUAUUACAGAGAAGUGUGGUCAUCUCAUGUUAGCCCGUGCUCACCUUCCUUCUCCAGACCUACUUUCCAUUUUCUUCCAUUAUUUCACACAUUUCCUUGUUUCUCAGUCACCUGUUCUCGAGCUGUUAGAGCUUUUAUUCUGAUGUUCUUACAUGAUGAAAAUAUUUUCCCCUCAGCUGUUACCAUUUCAUGUUUUUAUACUCGAUAUGCAAAUUUAUUUUUUAUAUGCCAUCCUUUUAAAAAAUAUAUCUGUAUAUGAAUAAUAAUAUAUACCUUCCUCAGUGA